AGGUGAGAAUAGAUUUUUUGAACUCAUUUUGUCAGAACUGGACUCAAAGGAGGACCCAAAUGCAGAGUUAUUGUUGUUAACAAAAAUAAUUUUUUCAACAGUCUCUCUUAAGGUGAAAACAAACAAGGCAGGUUCUUCAGCAAAAAUUCACUUCAUGAAGGAAGGCAAAAACGUUAUCAAAAACACAAAGUAGCAAACAAACUCAGAAAUGCUUACAAAAUAUUCACAAUCAGAAAGCAGGUUCUUCAAAAAAAAUUCACCUCACAAGGAAGGCAAAAUAACCAUCAAAAAACAAAAUAGCAAACAAACUCAAAAGCCUUACUAAAUUCUUCAGGACUUGACUCUCGUGGUGACUUAGGCUGUGGACUUUAGCAGGCUGGGGUGACACGUCAGCGGACGAAGACACUCUGGCAAAAAACAAAGGGGAGACUGACUAUAGGCGCUUUCGCACUGUUGUAACUAUCUGCAGUUCCUCGACCCUUUUGGGGGUGGAUGACGUCAUUUUGUGUGUUCGGAUAUGUAGGAACGUAGGACGAGGACCUCGUCUUCCGAGCAACAUUUUAGCGCCGACUCUGAAGUGAGUACUUUCCGCGGGGCCGCAGGAACGAUAUUACGUAGCUCUUUGGUGAUUCGCUGAAAUCAGCGGCAAACACGCCCCUUACUUUUCGCGCAUCACAUGGAGCCGCCAUAUUUAAAAAACAACUACUCUGUCUGUAAAUUGUUGGAAAAAAAAUGGAGCCAGGAAAAGCUCAAUGGAGCGACGAUGAGGUAAAAGCCCUCCUUGCUAUUUAUUCAACUGCGAGCGUCCAAAGAGGACUUGAGGGGUCGCAACGCAACAAAAAAAUAUUUGCCGAGAUAAGCGCACAACUGGAGAAGGCUGGGGUUUACCACAGCGCAAAACAAUUAGGGAAAAAAUGAAGAAACUGAAACAGGACUACAAGAAGAUCAAAGACCACAACAACCAGAGCGGGGCAGACAGAAAAACUGGCAAAUGGUAUGAGACGCUCGACCUCAUAUUGGGCCACAGACCAGCAUAUGGGAACGCCGAAACAAAAGACUCCUCUGCUUCACUUUUGCGGUCGUUGACGCAGAAGGAGAACAACCCACCCUCCCAGCUGCUUGAAGGUAUGGAACAAGAAGUUAUUUAAGGGUGUAACCGUUUGUUUUUGCAUGUUCGGUUCGGUUCACUUGCGUACACUGUCGGUUUUGUUGUAUUUUUCCCCUGAUAAAAUGCAUUCUAAACGCUGCAUGGGGAACCGAAUUACUGAAGGUGUUUCCCCACGGACGCAUUAAGUGUCGGACAUGACUAGUCUCGUUUUACUUUUUGUAAUAGAGAAGGGGAAGUGAAUAAAUACAUAGUUAUGUUGACAUUGCGGUACAGAUAUGUUGACCGAGAUAACACAGCAGAAUCAGAAGAUGUUGUGUGUGCACUUAAGAAAAGCAAAACAGAUCUCCUCUAUCAAAUCCAAUUACUGUUGCCUGCAGUACCCCUUGUCGCCCAUCAGUUUUUCACUUCCGACGGAGAAACGAUAAAAAGUGCGACACUCCUUAUUCCGCUCCCAUUGGGAAUCGGCUGGCCGGCGACGGUGGAGAAUCCGACUUCCUGGUUGGGAACACUCCUUUCAUCUCUUCUCACGACAAAUACAAACAUGUUGAGACGACAGCUACCAGUUCGCCAACCAAGGCCAUACGCCCAGCGGACCUGGCAUCAAUACGCCAAACGACAAGACACGUACGCCUCUCGGGUGUCAGGGGGGGCCUCUUCUGCACCCUCAGAAAACCCCGUUGUGAUGUCCUGCCAUUCCCUGCCCCCACAAAAUGCCAGUACCAGCCAGCUUACAUCAGAAAACAACGUUGUGAUGUCCUGCCAUUCCUUGCCCCACACAAAGUGCCAGUACCAGUCAGCUUACAUCAGUAACUACACACCGGUUUCCUGCUUGUCCGGAUUCACAAAUAAUAAGCCAACGCCGCCCAGCUGCCAGCACCCACUGCCAUCCCAGACCUGCAAAGAGGAGAAAGAAUGACACACUGCUUGCAACUGUGCAGGAAUGGCAGGCUUCGGACGCAGAGUACCAAAGGCAACGAAAUGCACAAUUUGACAGGAUGCUACAGGUGUUUGAAGAGCAAAAUCAACACUUUGAAAAGCAGUGUCAGGCUCUGCUGUCUGAGUCCAGCCGGCAACAUCAGAUGGUAAUGGAGGGUAUUCGGGACAUCAUGAACAGAAUGUCAAAUCGGCAUGACAAACCCUAAUUAAAAGAAAUUGGACUCAACC